CGCGGCGCUGCCACGGCAUCUCCGAGCGUUAAAAAGACAGCACGCACGUCGCCUCGAGGAGCGAGCGACGCGAGACGAAGCGAAGGGAAGGACUCGAGGGACGCAUCCCCGAGGUCGACAGACGCGCGCACCGCCCCAACCUCGCCGCGCGGCAAGAGAGCAAGUCAUCCACUCAGCGCCACCGUCACCGAGUGAAACUCAGCGACCAUGGCGACUAAAGUGCAGCGCAUCAUGACCCAGCCGAUCAACCUCAUCUUCAGGUUUCUGCAGACGAAGGCGAGGAUCCAGAUCUGGCUCUACGAGAACACCGAUACCGUCGUGGAGGGUCGCAUCAUCGGUUUCGACGAGUACAUGAACCUCGUGCUGGACGAUGCGGAGGAGGUGAACAAGAAGAAGGGGACGCGGAAGACGGUCGGACGGAUCUUACUCAAGGGUGACAACAUAACGAUGAUGGUGAACACGUCGAAAUGAUUCGCCGCAUAUCGCCGCGCGCUUUGAAAAUAUCAGUAGAGUACACGUUGAGGUUUC